AUGUGCGCGUUCUGCCUCCUCUGCCAGCACAACAUCGAGAGGUUCAACGCAUACGAUGGCGUGGCCAAUGACCACGAGCUAGUCGUCGUGCCCGGUCUGGAGAAAAGGAUCGAGGUGUCGAGGGCUCAGGCUUUCUGGCUCUUCUGGGAGAUCCCCGAGUUCAAGAAGUUCGCAGACGAUGUCGAGCAAGUUUUUGGCCAAGGCUGA